UCAGGGUGCCUCUUUUUGUGACUGCCAUCCAGCAGUAGGGAAAGCAGGAGGAAGAGCAGCUUCACCAUCAGGAAGACAAAACAGACUGGCUGCCUUUUAAAACCUCAGUCAAGAGACAGGACUUGACAACGCACAGCUCCUCCUGCAAGUCUCUGCUGCUGGGGAUCACCUGUCCUCUUCCACUGAUCAGCCAUGUCUGUGUCGGAAAGCUCCCUCCUGCCUAAGACCCUGCGCCAGCACUACCUCUCGCUUCCCCAGGGCAAGAACUGCCAGGUGACCUAUGUGUGGAUCGACGGCUCCGGGGAGGGCCUGCGGAACAAGACCCGAACCCUGGAGGAAGAGCCCAAGAGCAUCGCUGACAUCCCUGAAUGGAACUUUGAUGGCUCCAGCACAGACCAGGCAGAAGGCUCCAACAGCGACAUGUUUCUCAUCCCUGUCUGCAUGUUCAGGGACCCCUUCACCUUGGACCCCAACAAACUUGUCCUGUGUGAGGUUCUCAAGUAUAACCGCAAGCCUGCAGAGACAAACCACCGUCGCAAAUGCAAUCAGGUGAUGGAGAAGGUCAAAGAUGAGCACCCAUGGUUCGGGAUGGAGCAGGAGUACACCCUCCUAGGGAUAAACGGACACCCGUACGGCUGGCCCGAAAAUGGCUUCCCUGGGCCCCAGGGACCAUACUACUGUGGAGUGGGAGCUAACUGUGCCUAUGGCAGAGACAUUGUAGAGUGCCACUACAAGGCCUGCCUCUAUGCCGGAGUGAAGAUCUGUGGCACCAAUGCUGAAGUCAUGCCCUCACAGUGGGAGUUCCAGGUUGGUCCAUCAGAGGGGAUAGACAUGGGAGACCAUCUGUGGAUGGCCCGGUUCCUGCUGCAUCGGGUCUGUGAGGACUUUGGGGUGGUUGCCUCUCUGGACCCCAAACCCAUGAAAGGGAACUGGAACGGUGCUGGUUGUCACACCAACUUCAGCACGGAAGCAAUGAGAGAAGAGGGGGGACUGCAACACAUUGAAGACGCCAUUGAGAAACUCAGCAGCAAACACAAAGAGCACAUCCGUGUGUACGAUCCUCGUGGUGGCCUGGACAACAUGAGACGCCUCACUGGCAAGCACGAGACAUCCAGCAUUGAGGACUUCUCUGCCGGCGUGGCUAAUCGCGGGGCCAGUAUCAGAAUCCCGCGUCAGGUCGGUCAGGAUAAAUGUGGGUACUUCGAGGACAGGCGACCUUCCGCGAACUGUGACCCGUAUGCGGUCACUGGCGCAAUAGCUCGCACCUGCCUCCUGCCCGAAGAGGAAAAUGACGAAGAGGCUUGAGGAAAUGCAGGGAUCUAUGUAACAGUUCAUUAAAAUCAAAACAUGAAUUUAGCCAGCACCUUGCCUCUCUUUGGCCAGUAAAUAAAUAGCCUAAAUAUGGCCUUUUUGAUCACAGAUACAUUUAUAUAUUUUGGUGUAUAUUUAAGUGUAAGUUAAUGGAUGGUAUGUACAGUAGAGUUGCAGGUAGAGUUGAUUUUAGAUGUAGGCCUUAUGGAAUGCCUAAAAAACCUUCAUGGUUUCAGGUCACCUUCAUGUUUGUAUCUUACACUUACGAUGUGCUCGUUGUAAUACUGCAAAUGAUAUUGCCUGACAUGCAGGCUAGCUAUAUAGUUCAACUGGUGGUGGUAUUUAUAUUUCAGUAUAACUGGUGGUGGUAUUUAUAAUAAAUCUUCAUCUAG